GAUUUUUGUACUGCACUUGCUGAUCGUUACUACAAACAGCAUAUUUUAAAACAAGCAAUAGUAGAAUGGAAACAGUUUAUGGAGUGUACAUGGAAACAGAGGAAUUUUCGACGAUUGACGCUAGAAGCCCAAUCUGAAUGUAUCAAAAUUACGAAAGAGUUUAAUCAAAAAAUCCUUCAG